UAAACGUUCAAUUAUAUCAACUUUAAUUAGAAUAUAUAAAUUGAUAAUGGAAUCAGAACAAAAAAAUUUAUCGGAAAGUAGCAUUAGAUUAGAGAAAGUUCUGCUCUCUAAUUCUACAAAUGCAAAAUUAAUUUACAAUGUCUCACAGGAAUUCGAUGUGAAGUCUACUAAGAACAGCAUUGUGUUAAAUAAGAAAGAAACAGAAAUUUCGGAGAGAAAUGAAUCGGAGAGCAUUGUGUUAGAUAAAGAAGAAACGAAAAUUUCAGAGAAAAGAGACACGGAGAGCAUUAAAAUAAAUAAUGAAGGAAGACCAAUUUCAGAGAAAAGAGAUACGGAGAGAAUUGAGUUAAAUAAUGAAGAAACAGAUAUUUCGGAGAAAAAAGAUACAGAAUUAAUGACAGACAAAGAAUCUUUGGCAGAAAUUCUCCGCCAAACAAAAACAGAAACAGAAACCGAUGAUAUAUUUCAAGGAAAACAUUUCAGUAAAGAUGAUUUGCCUUGUCAAAGAGAGAUGGAGAAUACAGCGAAAUCUUCAAGUCACUUGAAUAAAACUGAAAUAAACACAAUGAAAAAAUUGACAAAAAAGAAGAAACAAAAUCAGAUAAUUUACUUUCAAAAAAAUCAACAACCUCUAGGCUAAUAGAUAAACAUUGUUUGGGAAA